GCGGCGCGGAGGGGGCGGGGCGUGCGGAGGUCCGGACGGCGCUCGCGGUGGGCUGUGAAGCCAGCCUAGUUCCGUGCAGCGAGCGCCCCCCGCGCCCCGCUCCGGCAGUCCCGGCGCCCCCGCCCCGCGCCCGCCAUGCCCGAGCAGCUCAGCGUCGCCGAGUUCCUGGCCGUCACCGCGGAGGACCUCAGCUCCCCGGCCGGGGCCGCUGCCUUUGCCGCCAAGAUGCCCCGGUGCCGGGGGGCGGCACUGGCGCGGGAGGAGAUGCUGGAAGGAGACCAGGCCAUCUUGCAGAGAAUAAAGAAGGCUGUGAGGGCGAUCCACAGCUCCGGCCUUGGCCAUGUGGAGAAUGAGGAGCAGUACCGAGAGGCUGUAGAGUCCUUAGGCAACAGCCACUUGUCCCAAAACAGUCACGAGCUGUCCACUGGCUUCCUGAACUUGGCCGUGUUCACCCGUGAGGUGGCUGCACUUUUCAAGAACCUGGUUCAAAACCUGAACAACAUCGUCUCAUUCCCCCUGGACAGUCUAUUGAAGGGGCAACUGAGGGACGGGCGACAGGAUUCCAAAAAGCAGCUGGAGAAGGCGUGGAAGGACUAUGAAGCCAAAAUGGCCAGGCUGGAGAAGGAGAGGGACCGGGCCCGGGUGACAGGAGGGGCGCCUGGGGAGGUGGCCCAGGACACUCAGAGAGAGCGGCGUGUCUUCCAGCUGCACAUGUGUGAGUAUCUGCUGAGAGCCGGGGAGAGCCAGCUGAAGCAGGGUCCCGAUUUCCUGCAGAGCCUCAUCAAGUUCUUCCACGCCCAGCACAACUUUUUCCAAGAUGGCUGGAAGGCCGCUCAGAGCCUGUCCCCCUUCAUCGAGAAGCUGGCAGCCUCUGUACAUGCGCUCCGUCAAGCCCAAGAGGAGGAGCUCCAGAAGCUGAUCCGGCUCCGGGACUCCCUCCGAGGGACACUGCAGCUUGACAGCAGAGAGGAGACUCUGAGCCGGAAGAACUCGGGAGGCGGCGGCGGGGGCUACAGCAUCCAUCAGCACCAAGGCAACAAGCAGUUUGGGACGGAGAAGGUGGGCUUUCUCUACAAGAAGAGUGACGGAAUUCGAAGAGUCUGGCAGAAAAGGAAGUGUGGAGUCAAGUAUGGCUGCCUGACCAUCUCCCACAGCACGAUAAACCGGCCCCCAGUGAAGCUGACCCUGCUGACAUGCCAAGUGAGGCCAAACCCUGAGGAGAAAAAGUGCUUUGACCUGGUGACCCACAACAGGACAUACCACUUCCAGGCAGAAGAUGAACAUGAGUGUGAGGCGUGGGUGUCAGUGUUACAGAACAGCAAGGAUGAGGCCUUGAGCAGUGCCUUCCUCGCGGAGCCCAGUGGCGGUGGCCCGGGACCCUGGGGGGGCGCCGGGCUGGACGGGGAGCCCCAGGACCUCACGAAGCUGCUCAUCGCCGAGGUGAAGAGCAGGCCCGGGAACGGCCAGUGCUGCGACUGCGGGGCUGCAGACCCCACGUGGCUCAGCACCAACCUGGGCGUGCUCACCUGCAUCCAGUGCUCGGGCGUCCACCGCGAGCUGGGCGUGCGCUUCUCGCGCAUGCAGUCCCUCACCUUGGACCUGCUGGGCCCCUCCGAGCUGCUGCUGGCCUUGAACAUCGGAAACACGCGCUUCAAUGAGGUUAUGGAGGUCCAGCUGCCCGCACAAGGCGGCCCUAAACCCUCAGCUGAGAGUGACAUGAGCACGCGCAGGGACUACAUCGUGGCCAAGUAUGUGGAACACAGGUUUGCCCGCCGGUCCACACCCGAGCCUCAGAGACUCCGAACGGCCAUUUGCAACCGGGACCUCCUGUCAGUACUGGAGGCCUUUGCUAAUGGGCACGACUUUGGACAGCUGCUACCUGGGCCUGAGGGACAGGCACCUGGAGAGCUCGCCCUGCACUUGGCCAUCAGAGUCGCCAGCCCUGCCUCCUUGCCCCUGGUGGACUUCAUCAUACAGAAUGGAGGUCACCUGGAUGCCAAGGCUGCUGACGGGAACAGCGCUCUGCACUGGGCUGCUCUCUACAACCAACCUGACUGCCUCAAGCUGCUGCUGAAAGGGAGAGCUUCGCUCGGCGCAGUGAACGAGGCAGGAGAGACAGCUCUGGACAUAGCCAGGAAGAAGCAGCACAAGGAGUGUGAGGAGCUGCUGGAGCAGGCCCAGGCUGGGACCCUCGCCUUCCCUCUGCACGUGGACUACAACUGGGGAAUCUCCCCUGAGCCUGGCUCUGACAGUGAGGAGGACGAGGAAGAGAAGCGCUCUCCUCUGAAGCCCCCAGCCCAGGCCCGCUGGGCCAGCGGGAGGGUCGACCUCAGCAAUAAAACCUAUGAUACCGUCGCCAGCCUGGGAUCAGCUGCCCCUCAGAGCCAGAGUGAGGCCUGCCCCCCACCCUUGCCGGUCAAAAACCCUUCUCGGACCAUGGUCCAAGGGCGUGCAGGACAUGCCAGCGGAGAUCGUUCUGAAGUCCCCAGCCUGAGCCCUCAGGAGCCUUGUGGGGCCCCUGAGAGCCUGGGCCGUCCAGCCUCCACCUCUUCCACCCUCACAAACCCCAUGGAUGCUGCGGGUCCCAGCCAAACCCCACCCAGCUCUGAGGAGGGCCCCUCCCGACCCAGCCUGACAUCUGGAAGCACCCCUGCAGAGAUGUAUCCCCCGGUCAGGUUCAGCUCCGAGAGCACUCGCUCGUAUCGGCGGGGGGGGCUGGAGCCUGGAAGACUGUCCCUCAGCCAGGCAGCCUCUGCCCACAAGGAACAUGCUGGUUGGCUUCACUGAAGGAGAGGACUCCAGGAGAGGGGUUCUCCUGGAAACUCUGCACAGCUUUUGCAAAGCUAGCUCCUUGCUGGUCCUUGCAUGCCAGAACUAGCACCCAUGUGGGACCCCAAUGUUCAGUGCUAGGACUUGAGCCCACAAGAACGGGGAACUGAGUUCUCCAUUACCUUAGGUCUUGCUCUGUCUGUACCUUGUGUCUCUGUGGCUGGCCUUCCUCCCUGCCGUGGGCCUGUGCCCCCUCCAAGGAUACGGGGCCCUUCCAUAUUCGGGCUGAUGGCAGUUCCUUCCCCUCUAUCCCGUCCCCGCCCCGGGAGCUCAUUAGCUGGGUCUGAGUACUCCUGAGCUACCGUUAGCUGCAGAACCCUCAGUCUCUCAUCAGACCAGAAUAUCUUUCUUCCAUCAGUCUGGGGGCUCCAUAAGAGUAGGGCCAGCCCAUCUUCAUCAUCCAGACCAGGGUUUCUGCCAGCCAAGGGGCUGUCUUUUUGAACGUUCGUUAGUCUAGUACUUUACUGAGUUUUUCUCUACGUCCAGAUGCCACAGGAGUAAGACAAGGGUCUUGCAGAUGUGGUCCCUUGCUGGGUCGCUGGUCCCAAAGGCUGGGUUUGGGAAUCAGCAGGGCUAGAUUCCAGGGGAUGGUCCCGGGCCCAGGGGCAGACAGACAAUCAGCUGCCUUACACCGAUGGGAUGCUGCAUUGUCUGCAGCUCGCAUCCAUCCUGGUUGGCCACUGCUCGUGCUAUACCGGCGGUUAAGUAAAUAAGCACUAGCACUCCGUUUGAGGAACCGCGCAGCCCUCCUGGGGACUUCUGCUCUAUUCCUCAGCCAGGAAGCAGGCUCGGAGUAGCCCCCCUUUGCCUACUGUCCUUGAUGUAACAGGAAGGAAAGGAAUGGUCUGGGAUGAUUGAUCUUCCCUUCUCUCCUUUUCCUUUGCUCAACUCAGAAGCCUUCCAGUCUUGGGGGAGGAAAGAGCUAAGAAAGGAGGAAGGAGAAUAAUAGGAAUGGGAAGGCAGGGACUCAAAUUCUGUUUCCCAGUCCCAGAAGUGCCACCAUGACUUUCAGCCCCAUAUUAGAAAACAGGUACAGCUAAGCCAUCAUCAGUCUCUAAGACGGUUUUAUAGGCACCUGGCGCUGAGCCCUGGCAGGGAUGGGUCAGGCCAAACAGGAGAGGCCAGAGAGUGCCAAUGGCCAAUGAAGAAAUCUGGCCUGGGAGGCGGGGCUGUGUAUUCUGGAGACCAGCCUGGUCUGGGAUCCCACAGAUCCCAAUGGGGUUGUCUUCUGGGUCUCCAGCGUCUGGUUUUGUUCAUCUCAGACUUGUUAUCUCACUCAUCUCUAAUAAAAGAUUUUUUUUUUUUUUUGC